UUUAAUUUGAUUAAACGGAACUGAGUAGAAUAUUGGUAAAAUCGUUUGAGCUCAGUUUAGUCUGCAGCUAAAUAUGAUACCAGUUAAAACUUUUAGAAAAUGAAGACGUGCAUUCUAGUGCUCUCCUUAUCGUAUUUGCUUUUGGAGGAUCUACAUAAUUCCCUGGCAGAGCCUGUCAAGAAUUUAAGGAAAAGAACAAAAACCCAGGACUCCGAAAAUCAGUGUGAUGAACUAAGGGAAAAACAUAAGACAUUGGUAACCUCAAAAAAGGUCCUGGAGAGCGAACUUUUAAAGUGCACUCAAAAGGACAGAUGUCCUACGCAAGGUAAAGAUGGCAUUUACCCAAUUACGGUGCCCGGAAUAAAAACAUUUAGUGCUACCUGCAAGUCGUGUGGUUGGAUGAUUUUUCAGAGGCGUUUCGACGGCUCGGAAAACUUUAACCGCGACUGGAAGCUUUAUAAGAAAGGAUUUGGAAACAUUAAAGGAGAGUUUUUCAUUGGGCUCGAAAAACUUCACCUCAUUACAAAGGCAAACGAUUGCGAAAUAUACAUUGAGCUUCAGAAUAAAAAGGGAGAAACUCGCUACGCUAAAUACGACAAAUUCUUAGUUGGAAGUGAGAAGGAAUCGUACAGGCUUAAGGUGGUUGGAAAAUAUUCCGGUACAGCAGGAGACUCCCUAACUUACCACGAGAAAAUGAAGUUUAGCACAUAUGACCAUGAUUCCGAUCAACAUCCUGAAAACUGCGCAAAGCAUCAUCACGGCGGUUGGUGGUUUAAAAAAUGUGCCACAAGUUCGCUGAUGGGAAAAUAUUAUAAAAGCGGAAGAAAACCUGACAAUCAGAAUUACGGAAUUUUUUGGGGUUCUUGGGAUAAAGAGUACGACUUCAACAUCUCGCUAACCUCUGCUGUAAUGAUGAUUAAGCCUAAAUGCAAAACAAAAGAUCUGCUUUAAUUACCUUAUG